UAUAUAUAUAUAAAAUUGUGCUCACUUGGUGAUUUCAAAAUAAAAUCAGCCACUCCUGAUAAUUCAUUGAGGUUUGUACACAACAUUGAACAUUAUUUUCAAAUUUCUUUACUGUAUUUAACAGCAUCUGGAAAAUCCUGUGCAUAGAGCUUGGUCCUCAGGACAGUUUAUCAAGUCUGUAUGUGGAUUAAAGGUAGUAAUAUUGCAAGUAAUGCUAAUUUUGUUAAACAGACUAGAUGUUUUACUUCAUAAAACCUCCAUUUAUCAUCAGGAACUGCGAAAGUUUGCCUGUAUGUGUUAUUUUGGUCCAGUAGGCAGCCAGAGACGAGCAUUUUAUGAAUCGCCAAGGACCACAGUUUCAGCUAAAAUCUUCCACUAGAGAAUAAAGUUAUCAACAUUUAAUUGGUGAGUAAAUUAACAGCACUUUUUUUUCAUUUUGAGGGGAUAAAGAUAUCAAGGUUUGUUCAUUUAAUCUCAUUGUGGUUGGUGGUGUGAUCAUGAAUGGUGGACUUUGCAAGCCUGGCCCAUUUACGUAUGUAUUGCUGGAUCGGUGUGCACAUCUGAAGUCUGUAAUUAGUCUGUAGGUAUUGCAUGCUUUAGACGCUCGGCACAUCUCGUUUAACUCUGAUGCACUUUUACACUCACGUCUAUUGUAAUGCAUUGAAACUGCCUUUGAAUGUUUAAAAGAUCUCAAGGCAGAGUGAUCCUAUGUCAGUUUGCAUGCAGAUGUUGAUAUGCUCCAAAACAAAAGGCUUCCAAAGUCCACCUUUCAAGGUUUGACACUUUAUUUUGGCUUGAGAUUCAUUUAUUAGUCCUUAAAAAAACAAGCCUGGGAAAAAAAAAUGACAUCAGCAUUUGGAUGCAUUUUGUAGAUUAAUGAUCUUUUAAUUUUCUAUUCUUGAUCGCAUAAGCGUAAUUUGUGAGAACUGCCUAUUAAACGUUAUAGAAAGAACAUUUUCGACUUCAAAUUUAAUUUGCGAUGUCAUUUUCGUUGAACUCACAGUGACGUGCCAUGAUACCUAAUUGAAUGUCUGUGUGGUUGAGUGUUAACUUUGAAACAAAGAUGCUGAAAAUUAUAUAAUAAUUAAAAACGACUACUUUAGAGUUUACUAGAUUUGACUAACACACCAUUGGCAUGUUCUAGCCGUUCUCCGGGGCUAGUUUGUAUGUUCAAAUGUCUCAUUUUCGUCAUAAACUGAAUAUAUGAACUAAUAUAAAGUGCUGCUCAUGUUUUUGUAUUUGCUUUUUACAAUAAACAGCAGAGCGGAUAGAUUCACUUCUGAAUGUGCAAGGAGGGGGUUUUUCGUAUACUUUCGACAUCUGUGUUUUGAGCUAUGGAUUUUCUAUUCCGAUCAUUUCCUUCAUGUACAUACAGUUGAAUCACGUUUUCUAUUUUUUCCGUGUGGUGACAUGCAAUAAAAAGAAAUCAAACCCUUCUGAUAACUAGAAGUCUGUUUGUAUAGUUUCCUGUUUCUGCUUCUCACUCUGGAAACUCCACUUCAAAAAGAACGAAACUGUCCUUUUUAUAUACAUGUAUAUAUAUAUAUAUAUUUAGUUUGGUCCUGUACCAAGAAUAGCAAUUGUCAGCGUCAUUUAUGGUUAUUUUUUAUAAGUUAUUAGUUUAACAAAAGCAAGCUCGAUGUUUUCAUUUAUCUGGUUUUUACUUUUACACUUUUGACGCCGUUUGUCAGAACAGGCACAAAGCAAGUGGUGACAAAGCAACUUUCGGUUGCGCUGCAGUGUUUAAUACAGUGGGUGUGGACAGCUUGGCAGGAAAGGGAUACAAAAACCAGAGCGUUCGCUGAGGAUUUUAAAGCAGACGGGACUCUUUUUUUUCUGUGAGUACAGUUGCUUUUGUGCUAAGCUUGACCUCAGUGCUAACUCUUUCUCAAUUGCGUCUGCAUAUAAACAUCAGCUUACAGUAAUCAACAUUUGAAGUAGAUUAAGAUAGUCUUUCAAAUCCUUGAUGUUGUUGGAUGAUUUUAGGACGACUUUGGAUGAAAGAACUUCAGAUGUUGAUUACUGUAUUUUCAAAUCGAAGCAUGAAGGCGAAUUGGCAUCAGCAGGCGUAACUAAUACCUUCAGACCAGCUUCUUUCAGAGUAUAAACCUUACCUCAAGGAUCCUUCAUCCGACUGAAGUCAUGUUUUGAGAGAGGUGUCCACCAUGCCUGCUGAAGAUGUUGGUCCAGGUCGCGGUGAACGGAGAAGGUUGUCCUGGCUGUUUUUGGUGCUGGUCGCCGCUGCCAUUACCUCCUCUUCGCUGUCUGUGAUCUCUCUUUACCAUGUGCUGGCACUGAAGGCCGAGGUGGAGGGUUUGAGGGCAGAAGUGGCUCGCAAGAGAGAAGAGCAAAGCGGGAUGCUGGAUGAACCUGUGAACGACGCAGAGAAACAAACCCAUCGGGAGGAAGGAGGAGAUAGUGUUGAGUAUCUGCACCAGGCCGAUAUGGAUAUCACAACAGACCCUAGUGUCAUGUCAAAAAGGAGCUUGAGUCAUGUGCCAAAGAAAGCAGAACCUCAGCCCUGCUUACAGAUGAUGGCAGACAACAAGAAGAAAACCUUCCAAAAAGAGUUUGCUUUUGACUAUUGCACAGCCAUCCCAUGGCAGGUGGGUCUAAAGCGCGGCUCCGCUCUGGAGGAAGAGCAGGGCACUAUUUUAGUCAAAGAGGAAGGCUUCUUCUUUAUCUACAGCCAGCUCUCAUUUUCCCAGGUCUACUAUACAGACCCCACGUUUGCCAUGGGCCACAUUGUGAUUCGCAUAAAGAAGAACGUGGUCGGCAAUGAAAGUCAGCAUGUGGUUCUGUUUCGCUGCAUUCAGAGCAUGAAUCGAGUCAAUCACUACAACACUUGCUAUACUGGAGGCGUAGUGAAACUGGACUCUGGGGACAAACUGGAUCUUCUGAUACCUCGUGCUAAUGCUAAUAUCUCUCUGGAAGGGGACGCCACGUUUUUAGGAGCAAUAAAACUGGCCUGAAUGUGAGACGGGGCUUUGGAUCAGACUUUUAGUGAGACUGGACAUGGUCAGAAAGAUUGUAAUUGUUCAACGCUGGAGUGUGGCAGUUUGGACAUCCACCAGACUAAAUACUAGAGAGCUGCUCUAUUCUUUAAAAUGAUUAUUCAUUCUUUAUAUUCUUUUUUUUACUUGCUUAAUGUUACAAUUCAGUGGCACUUUAUCAAAUGUGCCCAAAAUGAAUUAUUUCUUGAUGUUAAUGGGAUGGUUCACCCCAAAAAAUGAAAAUGUACUCACCCUCAAGUGGUUCCAAAACUUUUCUUUCUUCUGUUAACAGCCUGGGAAAAACAAGUCAGUAGUUUUCAGCAUAUUUCAAAGUAUCUCCUUUUUGUUUUUAACAGAGGGAAGACCUUGUAAAGAUUUGAAUCAAGUAAAGAAUGAGUAAAUGAUAACAGAGUAUUCAUUUGUUGGGUGAAUUAACUCUUUACACUCAGUCUUUUUAAUCUCGUAUUUAAAUAUAUUAACUCGAACUGCCAUAGAAAUUAUUUUUUUUGCUAGAUUUUCUCAAUCCAGUCAGUUAGAAAUCAAGUGUCCCUUUGUAAAUGUGUUAUACGCAUGUAUUUAACUCAGUAUUUACUUUGAUUUGUAAUAAAAAUAUGAUUUUAACAAUGCACUUUGACCUUUAUAUUACAUUUUAUUUACCUACAUCAGUACAGUAUGUGCGGGUAUAUACAGCUCGAGGUGAUCAUGUAAUGUUAAUGUUUCUACCAGCAGAUGGAGACAAAAGUAUGCUGUAGGACAUCUAGAAGACUGGAAAAGGCAGUUUUGUGCUGCCUUUUCAUUGAUGAAGGUAGUUUGUUUUUGACAGCCUCUCUCUACGGUGUCUCUUACCGAGAAGUUGUCAGAUCUAUUAUUAGAAGUGGAGAGGAUUUAUUUGUUUCACGUGUGACAUGCUUAUGAGUUUCACAGGUUUUGGUGAUAACAUGCACUGCCAUUAGCGGACACUUGUCAGCAGGAGAGAUUUCAGUAUAAAAUGGUAUAUAUAUAUAUGUAUAUAAAUAUAUGGUAUAUAUAUUUCAAUGGUAUAACAAUAUAAUUAUUAAUUAGUAAUGUAAUUACAUUCCUAUUAUGUUGUAAUUACAUCCAGGAUGAUAUUUAUAACUUUCUUUGUAUAUUUCAAGUACUGUAUUUGUGUUUAUAUGUAAAUAAACGCAGUACAUAUGUAGUUACAAACUUUUA